CCGGCGACGCCACACACCGCUCUCCACCUCCAGACGUCGCAUCCCAGCUGCGGCCGCCAUGGGGUCCUCACUGCCGUCGCUCGUGCUGCUGCUCGUCGGUUACGCCGCCGCUGCUCAGUUGCCGUCAUCCCUGAAGACCUGCAAGCAAAAUGAUCCGGACUUCAACGGCUGCUUGAAAAAGGCUUUUACGGAUGCCUUGCCGGUUCUGGUAAAAGGUAUUCCCAGUCUGGGUCUCCCGCCACUUGACCCGUUACAUUUUACUCAAAUCAAAAUCAAGGACUCGCCUGAACGGCCAGUCACCCUGAGCUUGGAAUUCAACGAAGUAGACAUUAUCGGCAAUGGCAAUGCGAUCAUCGACGACGUCGAGAUGAAGCCAGGCAGUUACUACAUGAAGACAAAGGUACAUACCGAUAAGCCAUUGACACUCGUCGGCCCAUACAAAGCAGAAGGCAAGGUGUUGGUCCUGCCCGUUAAAGGGGAAGGGAACAGCAACAUAACAGCACCUAGACUGGAGGCCGUCCUGGAGCUAUUUGGACAGCCCAUUGAAAGAGAUGGAGAGGUGUACUGGGACGUCACGGACUAUAAGGUCGACCUCAGUGUAGGCAAGCUGUCGAUUGACUUGACAGGACUCUACAACAAUGACAAGGCACUAGCUGACAACACCCUCAAGUUUCUGAAUGAGAAUUCUGAAGAGAUUGCGAAGGAGGUGGUACCCGUCAUACAGGAAGCCCUGGCUGCCUCCUUCAAGGAGAUGGCUGAAAGAGUGUUUAGCAAGGUCCCCUACAACUCAGUCUUCCCACCUUCAUGAAGAUCUACAAGCGUGGAAGUUGUGCUUAUAGAAAGGGAAUACAUUAAACAUGACACGUAGGUCAAUACAAUUCUCUUCAUGGAAUUAUGUAUUCUUCGUAGAAACUAAGAUAUCUUGUCAUUGUUUGGCAACUAGUAAGUGAUUUUCCUUCCGUUUUAGUAAUUAAUGAGUCCCUUUCGAAAUGCAAUUAGAAUAUUAUUGCUUAAGAGUCUAUUCCAAUGGACUUGCUUUCGUUAACAAUAGAAACAUUUCAUCGAAACAAUGCUAUCAUAAUUAUUGAUAGCAUUCUAGUCCAUACACUCAGUUGCAGCCUAGUCCUUAAUCAUAAUAUCACAACAUGAUAUAAAAGAUGUUCAGUGUGUGAUUCAAAUGAUUAUAGGUCUGUACUCUACAUAUUUGGAAAAAAAUUAAAUUCCUUUUAAAAAAUCA